AUGAAGACCGAUUUCAAGUUCUCCAACUUGCUCGGCACGGUUUACUGCCAGGGCAACCUGCUCUUCAGCCCCGAUGGCACCCAUCUGUUCUCGCCCGUGGGGAACAGGGUGACUGUCUUUGACCUUGUGAAUAACAAGUCGCACACCCUACCAUUUGCGCACCGAAAGAAUAUCUCGAGAAUCGGUCUGACCCCCCGGGGAAACCUCUUGUUGACUAUCGAUGAAGAUGGCCAGGCCAUCUUGACGAACGUCCUCCGCCGCAUCGCCAUUUACAAAUUUUCUUUCCGUGCUUCUCCUACUGCACUUUCAUUUUCGCCUUCAGGACGCCACUUUGCUGUCGGAUUGGGCAGGAAGAUCGAGGUCUGGCACGUUCCCUCCACUCCGGACGCCAACGCCGAAGGAGAACUUGAAUUCGCCCCAUUUGUAAAAUACCACAGCCACACUGGGCACUUUGACGAUGUGCGAAACAUUGAAUGGUCCAGCGACUCGCGAUUCUUCCUCAGCACUUCCAAGGACUUGACAGCCAGGAUAUGGAGUUUAACUCAAGAGGAGGGUUUCGUGCCGACUGUGCUUUCCGGGCACAAGCAAGCUGUUGUCGGAGCCUGGUUCUCGGAUGACCAGGAGACGAUUUACACGGUGAGCAAGGACGGUGCAGUCUUUGACUGGCAAUACGUUGGGAAACCGGUUCGGGACGAGGACGAGAUGGUCGACGUCGACGAUGAGGACAUGCGCUGGAGGAUAGUCAACCGCCACUAUUUCAUGCAGAACAAUGCGCAUGUCCGGUGCGCGACCUUCCACCCCGAGUCCAACCUGCUUGUCGCCGGCUUCUCCAACGGCACCUUCGGCCUUUACGAGAUGCCCGACUUCAACAUGAUUCAUACGCUGAACAUCUCCCAAAACGACAUCGAUUUUGUAACGAUCAACAAGACCGGAGAGUGGCUGGCUUUCGGUGCCUCGAAGCUUGGGCAACUGCUUGUGUGGGAGUGGCAAUCCGAGUCGUACAUCCUGAAACAGCAGGGCCACUUCGACUCAAUGAACUCUUUGGUUUAUUCUCCCGACGGACAGCGCAUCGUUACGAUCGCCGACGACGGCAAGAUUAAGGUGUGGGAUGUUGAGUCGGGAUUCUGCAUCGUGACUUUUACGGAGCAUACCAGCGGCGUGACUGCUUGCGAAUUCUCCAAGAAGGGCAACGUCCUUUUCACAUCCAGUUUAGACGGCUCAGUAAGAGCGUGGGAUCUUAUCAGGUACAGAAACUUCAGGACAUUCACGGCACCUACGAGAUUAUCUUGGUCCUGCAUGGCCGUCGACCCAAGUGGCGAAGUUGUUGCCGCCGGAUCCCUCGACUCUUUCGACAUCCAUAUCUGGUCUGUUCAAACAGGCCAGCUCUUGGAUCAGCUCUCGGGACACGAGGGUCCUGUGUCAGCUUUGGCUUUCACGCCGAACGGAGACUCGCUUAUCAGUGGUAGCUGGGACCGCACCGCAAGAGUGUGGUCUAUUUUCAGCAGAACGCAAACGAGCGAGCCCCUGCAGCUGCAAGCCGACGUCCUGGAUAUUGCCGUGCGCCCUGAUUCGCUUCAGCUCGCUGUCUCUACCUUGGACGGACAAUUGUCGUUCUGGUCCAUCCAAGAUGCGGAACAGAUUUCCGGUGUAGAUGGCCGACGUGAUGUCUCGGGUGGACGAAAGAUCACCGACCGGAGGACGGCUGCCAACGUUGCCGGAACGAAGAGUUUCAACACGAUCCGGUACAGCACAGACGGAAGCUGUCUGCUUGCCGGUGGUAACAGCAAGUACAUCUGCUUGUACUCGGUCCACACCAUGGUGCUCUUGAAGAAGUUCACCGUCAGUGUCAACCUAUCUCUGUCUGGAACGCAAGAGUUCCUCAACAGCAAGCUUCUCACCGAGGCCGGCCCCGACGGACUUCUCGACGACCAGGGCGAGGCUUCGGAUCGUGAGGACAGAAUGGACAACUCGCUGCCGGGCUCCAAGCGCGGUGACCCCGCCUCGAGAAAGAAGCAGCCUGAGGUCCGCGUGUCGGGCGUGGCCUUUGCGCCUACCGGCACGGCAUUCUGCGCCGCUUCGACGGAAGGUCUACUCAUUUACAGCCUUGACAACCUCUUGCAGUUCGACCCCUUCGACCUGAACAUGGAAAUCACCCCCGCGUCCACACUGGCUGUCCUGGAAAACGAAAAGGACUACCUCAAGGCGCUGGUGAUGGCUUUCCGUUUGAACGAGGCCGGCUUGAUCAAGCGCGUGUUUCUGUCAAUACCGCAUAGCGACAUUCCUCUUGUCGUGGAGGAUAUCCCCAUCGUCUACGUCCCGAGGUUACUCCGCUUCGUCGCCGCCCAGACUGAGGAGACGCCGCACAUCGAAUUCUGUCUUCUCUGGGUCAAGGCGCUGGUUGAUAAGCACGGCGCUUGGCUUACGCAACAUAGGGGCAAGGUGGACGUGGAGCUGCGUGUUGUCUCGCGUGCCGUCGCGAGGAUGAGGGACGAGAUCAGGAGGCUUGCGGAUGACAACGUGUACAUGGUGGAUUACUUGCUGGGCCAGGCAAACGAGAAGGAGUCGAGCGAAGUGAAGAUGCUAGAUCUGGCGGCCUUUGAUGCCCCUGCCAAGCCGCUGGCCAUCGGAGCGGAUGCAGAGGAUGGUCAGGGUGAUUCUGAUGAAGAUGGGUGGAUUGGCCUGGACUAG